UAGCUGCCGGUGGAAACCAUAAACUGAAGGAUUGUUGUUGUUUGUGGGAAAGUACUGAAAAAGUACGAAAACCUUGUCGUCCAAAAUGGGAAACCGAGAUGAUGAAUACGACUACUUGUUUAAAGUCGUACUAAUCGGAGACUCUGGAGUGGGGAAGAGUAACCUGCUGUCCCGUUUCACAAGAAAUGAGUUCAACCUGGAGAGCAAGAGCACCAUCGGGGUGGAGUUUGCCACCCGCAGCAUCCAGGUGGACGGCAAGAUGAUAAAGGCUCAAAUCUGGGACACAGCUGGACAGGAACGCUACAGAGCAAUCACCUCAGCGUAUUACCGGGGAGCAGUUGGAGCUCUCCUAGUUUACGACAUCGCCAAGCACCUGACAUACGAGAACGUCGAACGCUGGCUGAAGGAGCUGAGGGACCACGCUGACAACAACAUCGUCAUCAUGCUGGUUGGGAACAAGAGCGACCUCCGCCACCUCAGGGCGGUGCCCACUGACGAGGCUCGAGCCUUCGCAGAAAAGAACACAAUCUCAUUCAUUGAAACCUCUGCCUUGGACUCCACAAACGUAGAAGAAGCCUUUAAGAACAUUCUCACAGAAAUCUACCGUAUUGUAUCUCAGAAGCAAAUAUCUGACAGAUCUGCACAUGACGAGUCUCCGGGAAACAAUGUAGUGGACAUAAGCCUCCCCCCGACCACGGACGGGCAGAGGGGCAACAAACUCCCCUGCUGCCAGAGCCUGUGACGCUCUUAUUUUCUUUUCCUGUUUGACUUUCUGUCGGUCUUAUCAUCUCUUCGCCUCUGGUUUACUUCUGCUGCUGACAUCAUGACGCCCACAUGGGCUCAGAAGUCUGUCACGCAGAGUGUCUUGAAUUUGACAUUCCUUUUUUUCCUGGUUUUCCUCUUUGUUUUUUCUUCAUUUGUUUGUCUUCCUCUGAUUUCAGAAGAACCUCUUUGUACAAUAAUUUAAAGCCUCAGAACAAGAGAGAGUGACGCUCUCACGAGGCUGAUCUUGAAGCUGUAGUAAACUACAAUUUCUUUUUAAUUAACUACCCUCUGUGGUCCCAUUGACCCACUCCUGUCGAAGGAAUGGUGAGGGAUCAGUAGACCUGUGAAUUGGCGCUUCAGGCGUUUUUCUACUUGCCUCCUUUUCUCAGCUUGCAAUGAUACAGACUUUUGUCACGAUCUGCUACAGUAGAAUCCCAAUUUCAUGUCUGGUUGACCUGAUUCUGCCUAUCACGCAAUAUGGGUGUAGAGGAGGAGAUGAGAAGAAGGUACUACUGGAGUACUGGUGUGUACUCUUCUCUCUCUGGAGUUUCUCUUUGCCUCUUUAAUUUUAAUUUUCCUCUUUGAGCCUCGUGCCCACUGUGGCAUGAAAUUAACAUGAGCCAGGAAACAGACUGGCUGUGACUGUCUCACUUCAUACAGGCAAGUGUGAAACAAAUGAAGUGUUUCUGUUUGUGUGUGUGUGUGCGCGCAUGUGUGUGUAUGUGAUCUUAAAAGCACAAAAAUACCAAAGUUGACGGAUGCAAUCAUUAUCAGUUUUGGGUUUUUCUCAGUUAAGUGUUUUCGAGGCUGCUAUGGUUGCAUUUCAGUGCUGUAUUUGGCAAACUCAUCUAGGAUACUUGCAAAAGACAUGUAAUGCGAUAUUGCAAAGGUGUUGUUAAAUUGCGGUGUGUGAUUUGUUGUUUGUGUAAUAAUCAACCUGAAACAAGUUCCUCUUUGAGGUGACUCAGGUCAAACUCUUUUAACAGGCUGUCUGGGAAAAAAUCUCUUUUGCACUUAUACCUUAUCAUUUCAGUGGAACAAAUCACCAUUUAUUUUUUAAAAUACACUCGACAUCUUUAUUGAAUAACAUUUUCCUUUUGGUUGAAAAGGAAAACAAAGCACUAUAUGUUUUUUUCCUCUCAUGUACUCAGUCACCCCUUGCUGUCAUUUUAAUGUGAUGUCUGUUAAAGGGAAGUGGAUCAAGAUGUGUGUUAUCUGAGAACAUUUCUAUAGCAAAUGAACCAAUUAAAAAUGCUCUACACGAAACACUUCCACUCCAGCUGGUUGAGGAAGUGGAACUGAAAUCAGAAA